AUGGACGCAAAGCCACAGAGACCGGCUCGCACAAUUCGUGGCCGAGUUGACGAGAACAUGAUAGCAUUCAACCGUGCUGGCAAGACCAUCCAUCAUCGCAACAAAUCUACACCUGCGUUAUCAACUCUCGCCAACAAUGCAGUGAACAAGGAGCCCACCAGACGAGCAGCGUUUGGAGAUGUCAGCAACACCGUGAAUUCCCUUCGUUCUGCCAAGGAUGACUCUUCCCUGCCGUCCAAGGAUACCAUCAAGAUCGCAGAGAAGCCUCUCUGUCUCGCGCGUCCGGCCCAGCGCCCUAUUCACUCUCUAGGCGCGAAAUCGACCGUGAAUAGCAUUGCCAACGCGGAUUCCGGUAUAAAGGCGCCCGUCGAGAAGCCACAGGCCAAAAAGAAUCACACCAAACGCAGCAAUGCCGUAUUCAAAGAUCCAGUCCUGCAGUCGGUCGUCGAGGAGCCAUUAGCAGUCCCAGUCAAGCAGCAGCAGCAGAAGGCUUCGAAUAUACACGCUUCGGUAAAUGAAAAGACAACGGAUUCAUCUAAAGAACCGGAGAAGCCAUUGAAAGACGCGACUGAUGCGCCAAAAGCUGUCGUCAAGGAGUCUAUCCCCGCUCCAGCCGCGACUACGACUACGACUACAACUACCACGGUCAGUACAAUCGUUGAAGAGCCCGCGACCAAGGAAGCCGUGGCCAAGCCGGCCGUCGAAACUGGAUCCCGUGUGUCUGGCAACGCCAAUGAGAUGGCAAAGCCUAAGCAGGUUGCUCGUGUCUCCAGCGAGAGCGUCAUCAGGGCUCCAAGACCAUUGACUAAACGUCCAAGCGAUGCCACCGUCUCGUCGCGCAAAUACGAUUAUUCACUGGCCCAAUCUGAACCAGAGGAGUACUGGGAAGAGGAUGAAGAGGACAACUACGAUGAGGAUGGCUAUGCUACAGCCCGAUCAUGUCGCUCCCGUGAUAAUACCACUGGAGGCGCGACCAUGGUGCUAUAUCCCAAGGUGAGCCAGCAGGCCCGUCAGGAGCUAGCCCUCGCAAAGCAGAUUGUGGACAGUUCCACUUCCAUCGACGAGUACGAAGAGGAGUUCCGGGAUACCACUAUGGUAGCUGAGUAUGGAGAUGAAAUAUUUCAGUACCUACGGGAGCUUGAGUUAAAACUACUGCCCAAUGCCCAUUACAUGGACAACCAGGCAGAGAUCCAGUGGUCAAUGCGCUCCGUCUUGAUGGACUGGCUGGUCCAGGUUCACCAUCGAUUCUCCCUUCUUCCCGAGACCCUCUUCCUCUGUGUCAACUACAUCGAUCGCUUCCUCUCUUGCAAGAUUGUCUCUUUGGGCAAGCUGCAGCUCGUUGGCGCCACUGCUAUCUUUAUCGCUGCCAAGUAUGAAGAGAUCAACUGCCCUUCCGUCCAAGAGAUCGUGUACAUGGUGGACAAUGGAUACACGGUCGAUGAGAUCCUCAAGGCCGAAAGAUUCAUGCUUAGCAUGCUCCAGUUCGAGCUUGGAUGGCCUGGCCCAAUGAGUUUCCUUCGUCGAAUCAGCAAGGCUGACGACUAUGACCUGGAGACACGUACGCUCGCCAAGUACUUCCUCGAACUCACGAUUAUGGACGAACGAUUCGUCGGUACACCUCCUAGUUUCACUGCCGCAGGAGCUCAUUGCUUGGCGAGAAUGAUGCUGAGAAAGGGAGAUUGGACUCCCGCUCACGUCUACCAUUCGAACUAUACCUAUGGCCAGCUUCAUCAAUUGAUAACGCUCAUUCUUGAAUGCUGCGAGUCGCCACAGCAACACCACCUCGCCAUCUACGAGAAAUACGCCGACCGAAGAUUCAAGCGUGCAUCAGUCUUUGUCGAGAACGAAAUGCUUAGCGGCUACCGCCUCUCUGAGGUUCACGAAGGUUCCAGCCUUUGGUCCAUGCUAGAUCGCCGGGCCAGCUCUAAGCGGUUGUGA